AUGGGCGAGCCAGAGGAGAUCGACGUUUCGGGUCUCUUUGGCACGUUGGUACCUUUCAAGAAUGGCAAACUCAUCCGUCGUUGGGCAACUUUGCUCAAGAAAGAGCACUUCUUCUACUCGCUGGGCACGUAUAAGGACUGCGACAUACGCAUACGCGGUUAUCGCUCUGUCGAGCCCUACCAUUGCCGUUUACGCUAUGACACUGGAUCCGGAGUUGUGAUGAUCCAGGAUUGCAGCAGUGUUACGGGUACCUGGGUGAAUGGUGUGGCAGUAUCUCUACCCGACGGGGCUUAUUUGCAACAUAACGACAAGAUCGCUCUAGGCCCGCCUCUACUACCUACUUCCAGAAGUGCGUCAUCUGCCAGCCGUCCCGCGUAA